AUGAAAGAAACAGAUUAUCAUAUAAAUAAUGUAUUGAGAAUGAGCUUUAAUGCUUUGCCAUCUAACAAUGAUAAGGAGUUGUUAAAGCACAUUGCUUAUUUUUUUGUUGGAAUAGACAAAGAUGACAGUGAAACAAUAUUAAAUGCAUGUGAUACAAAAACAAGAUCUAGGAUUACGUAUCUCGUUGACAAAUGCCUUCUUAGUAUAGGACUGAAUAACGAAUUGAAGAUGCAGCAGUUGAUUCAAGCAAUGGAAGAUGGGAAGUACGUCAAGAGUCACUUGACAAGCCAUGGAAGCGAAGUCGAUUAUUGA